ACACACCAAAUUAAAAGUGUAAACUCACUCAGCGCCAAAAUAACUGCCCAAGAUGUACAACUGCAGAAGUGAAUUUAGAAAAACAUUAGUAUGUUGGUAUUUUUCACAGAAUCCAAUACGAUAAGAUGAAUCCAUAAACAUUAGUUGCGAGCUUUUCUCAAGGGCCACAAAUGGCCUCCUUUUCUUCCACGUACAAACCUCUGCAACUCCACCUCUCUAAUUUCUCUCUCAACACUUUCCCAUUCCAUCAUUCUUCUCCUUCUCCUUCAAAACUCCCACUCAUAACUCCACCUAACGUACGCCUCGCCGCUCGUCCCGAAACGGCGUUAUCCCUUGAUUCUGCUCGAGAUGCUGAUUUUCUUUCUGGCCUUUCUUCUUUCUCUGAUACAACCAAAAGGGCUGAUACUGGAAAAAAACCUGCUGAGCGAAGAGUCAUACUAAAGGAUAGGUAUUCGAAUUCUAAGAGAAGGAAAGAUGGCAAUUUGAGAGGACCAAAGGAGGGUGGUGUUAGAAAUGGAGACAAUGUGGAGCAGAAAGAGAAGAGGAUCAAGAAAUCCAAAGCUGAUCAACCGGGAAAUAUGCUGCGGAUUGGAUUGGACAGUUGCUCCAAAAUGGGUGAUGUUGUUGCUGCCAUUAAGCUCUAUGAUUUGGCGAGGAAGGAAGGCAUCCCAAUUGGGCAGUACCAUUAUGCUGUUCUUCUCUAUCUCUGCUCUUCUGCGGCUGCUGGUGUGGUGCAGCCUGCAAAGAGCGGCACCCGUGGCCGGAGCUUGAGCUCCGGCGACCGGGAGAGUUCUCAAUCGUUGAGUGAUAUUGUUGAAAUGGUGAAUUGUCGAGGUGGCUUUAGUGAUGAGGAUUUAAGUAGUUGUGUUGAUGGCUCUCGUGAUGUUAGUGGACUGAGUUUAGAUAGUUUGGUUCAAUCUAUGAGGAAAGCUGCUGAGAAUUCGAAUAGUACAAGUGACGAAAUUCAAGUGAGUGAAGAUAUGAAAAGGGUUGCACUUGAAAAGGGAUUUGAGAUAUAUAAGGAAAUGGGGUUGGAGAAAGUCCCAAUGAAUGAAGCAACAUUUACAUCUGUAGCAAGAAUGGCUAUGGCUUUAGGUGAUGGUGAGAUGGCAUUUGAUAUUGUGAAACAAAUGAAAGAAUAUGGCAUAAACCCUAGGCUAAGAUCAUAUGGCCCUGCUCUAGCUAUUUUCUGCAACAAUGGAGAUGUUGAGAAUGCAUUUGAGGUUGAGAAACACAUGCUUGAAAACGGGGUUUAUCCAGAGGAGCCUGAGCUAGAAGCCCUUCUUAGAGCAAGCAUAGAAGCUGGGAAAAGUGAUAAGGUGUAUUACAUAUUGCAUAAGCUUAGGACAAGUGUGAGGCAGGUCUCACCUAGUACAGCGGAUUCGAUUGAGAAGUGGUUUACUAGCAAGGUGGCUUCACGGGUGGGGAAAAGAAAAUGGGAUCAAGAAUUGAUCAUGCAAGCAAUGGAGAAUGGUGGUGGUGGCUGGCAUGGGAGUGGCUGGUUGGGUAAAGGGAAAUGGAGAGUGUCGCGUAGUCGUGUUGGUUCUGAUGGAAUAUGCAAGUGUUGUGGCGAGAAAUUAGUUACAAUAGACCUUGAUCCAAUAGAAACUGAAAACUUUGCGAAAUCUGUGGCAUCCAUAGCUGCACAGAGAGAGAGAAAUUCGAGUUUUGAGAAGUUUCAAAAGUGGCUUGACUAUUAUGGACCUUUCGAAGCAGUGGUGGAUGCUGCAAACGUCGGCCUUUACAGCCAAAGAAAGUUUAAGCCAUCUAAGGUAAAUUUAGUUGUGAAUGGAAUCCGCCAGAUGCUUCCUUCGAAGAAAUUUCCUCUUAUCGUAUUGCAUAAUAGGCGAAUUACAGGGGAGAAGAUGGAUGAGCCUUUUAAUAGAUCAUUGAUUGAUAAGUGGAGGAAUGCUGACGCUCUCUAUGCAACACCAACUGGAUCAAAUGAUGAUUGGUACUGGUUGUAUGCAGCUAUAAAGUGCAGAUGCUUACUUGUGACCAACGACGAGAUGAGAGAUCACCUGUUUCAACUUCUAGGCAAUGAUUUUUUCCCAAAAUGGAAAGAAAGGCAUCAGGUUCGUUUCACCUUUGCUGAAUCUGGUCCAGUGUUCCGUAUGCCACCUCCGUGUUCUGUUGUUAUACAGGAAACAGAGAAAGGCCACUGGCAUGUGCCUAUUGCAUCCGAGGUUGAAAAUGAGGAUGAAAGAAUAUGGUUAUGCUGUUCUCGUGGGAACUCAAGCUUGAACAAUCAAGAUUCUUCACAUUUACAAAAAGAAGCACAAAUCUCCCGCCAGCAGAUGGGAACGAGAAAUCUGGUCGAAUCUCUGUUAACUGGAAAGCGCAAGCAUGAACCAAGCUCGAAUGCUGCAUUGACAAAGAAUCAUGCUUCAGUUGUUCGACUACUUGAAGCUGCAGAGCAACGCGGUGCUUGCCCCAUCGAUUUUCAAAUAUAAGUAGGGAGUGUAGCAAUGCGAUCUAGAUUGGUAGCCUCUUUGUACAGAUUGAGAGAUCAAUUUUCUGCUACAUUUUCUAAAUCAAGUAUGUAAAUGAAAGCAGCACUUAUUCUUACAAGUGAAAUGAUCAUUGUUUUUUGUUA